AGUAUUGGAGCGGUCCCUUCUCCUCCUGGGUUGCCCCUCCGUAUGCGCCCCGUGACGCAUGCGCAGUAGGUAUCGAGUAAUUCGGCGCUGAAAAGGAAGGAGUAGCAGAGAUACAACCUAAGCAGUACUAGCUAGGGGAACAGGAGUAUAUACGGCGGCUACCUAGUUGCUUUGCUUUCGAGCAUCGUGACACAGCGCAGAGUUUGGAACAUGGCUGAUAAAGAGGUGUAUGAUGAUGCAGUGGAAGAAAGGGUCAUCAAUGAGGAGUACAAGAUUUGGAAGAAAAACACACCUUUCCUGUACGACCUGGUGAUGACUCAUGCACUGGAGUGGCCCAGCCUUACUGUCCAGUGGCUUCCAGAUGUCAGCAGGCCAGAGGGGAAGGACUACACCAUUCACAGGCUGGUUUUGGGGACCCAUACUUCAGAUGAGCAGAAUCACCUUGUGAUUGCCAGCGUCCAGGUACCAAAUGACGAUGCCCAGUUUGACGCCUCACACUAUGACAGCGAGAAAGGAGAGUUUGGUGGAUUUGGUUCAGUAAGUGGAAAAAUAGAGAUCGAGAUCAAAAUCAAUCACGAGGGAGAGGUGAAUCGAGCCCGCUACAUGCCCCAGAAUCACUGCAUCAUUGCCACCAAGACCCCCACCUCUGACGUUCUGGUCUUCGACUACAAUAAGCACCCGUCUAAGCCAGAUCCCAGUGGGGAGUGUAGUCCUGACUUGAGGCUGAAAGGCCACCAGAAAGAAGGGUAUGGUCUUUCCUGGAAUCCCAACCUCAGUGGCAACCUACUCAGUGCCUCCGAUGACCAUACCAUCUGUCUAUGGGACAUCGGGGCCGGCCCAAAGGAAGGGAAGAUUGUGGAUGCCAAGACCAUCUUCACCGGCCACACAGCGGUGGUGGAAGAUGUUUCCUGGCAUUUGCUCCACGAAUCCCUGUUUGGCUCAGUGGCUGAUGACCAGAAACUCAUGAUAUGGGACACUCGGUCCAACAACACAUCCAAAGCCAGCCACUCAGUAGACGCUCACACUGCUGAGGUUAACUGUCUGAGCUUCAACCCCUACAGCGAGUUCAUUCUUGCCACUGGUUCUGCUGAUAAGACUGUUGCACUGUGGGAUCUAAGGAACCUCAAACUGAAGCUCCACUCCUUUGAGUCCCACAAAGAUGAAAUUUUCCAGGUACAAUGGUCUCCUCACAAUGAGACGAUCCUGGCCUCCAGCGGCACCGACCGACGUCUCAAUGUCUGGGAUCUCAGUAAAAUCGGGGAGGAGCAGUCAGCAGAAGAUGCUGAGGAUGGCCCACCGGAGCUGCUGUUCAUCCACGGUGGCCACACAGCCAAGAUCUCUGACUUCUCCUGGAACCCCAAUGAACCCUGGGUCAUCUGCUCAGUGUCCGAGGACAACAUCAUGCAAGUCUGGCAGAUGGCGGAGAAUAUCUACAAUGAUGAGGAGCCAGACAACACCCCUGCAUCAGAGCUGGAGGCUCAGGGAUCAUAACCCCGCUGGGCCCGACUUCCUGUCCAGGCACGACCCCUGCUCCACUCCCUGAGCUCCAGACCCAGCCCGGCCUGUCGUUUCCCUCUCUGGCUUAUCUCGAGUGCAAAAUGAAACGUCUGCUCUCCACACGAAUGAACAAUGUGGAGAGUUAGAGACGGCGUUGACUCCACCCUUGCUAACAGACAGUUGGAUUCAGUCUCAUCCUGCUUACACUUCACCAUGGCCCAGGUACCCAAAAGCACGUAAGCACUUGGAAUAGGAUAAGAGUUGAAAUUUUCUACCUGCUCAGGUGGUAAUAUCUCCAGUGUUGGGGGAAUGGGAUUUUGUGGUGAAGGGGCUUUGAAGACUCUUAAGAGCAGAAGACCUUUAUGUGCACAAAAUCUCUAAGUUAUUGUUGAGACCAGUUCAUUUCAAAGAAGAAUUAAUUACCUUAAUAAUCCCCCCUAGGGGGAAUUCAUCUUUCAAAGGGCUCAUGCAAGGAAAACACAAGUGUUAUUUUACAUUUUGACUUUUGAGUAGCUAGAAAACCACUAGAUAGUAGACAAAAGUAUGUAAGGAAACCCGGACAGUAGAAGAUUAUCUGAGCACUGAAAUGCUUUUGGGAAACCUGAUCUUCAUCCGUCCAAACCGUGUGAUUGGUUAAAAGCUGACCGUGAUGGUCAUGUCAGGGAAGCGUUCUUCAAUACCUGUUAAGCACUCGUGGCUAUUUUUGUCUCAUGUCAUGGCUGUCCUUUGAAGAAACAUUCCCUGCUGUGUUUGCCUCCUGUUCAUAAGGUACAGAAACUCUUCAGUAUUUGGCUUGAGUGAAAGGUGUGGGACUAAAUUAGUGCACUUCAGGAAAACGCACAUCUUUCUUUUUCCUCUCCUCUUUGUGUUCUUACGUAAUGUGAAAUUGCCGCGUUUUGUUUCCUGCGCCAAAAAUUGCAAUAAAACUUUUAUAACUUUUCAAAA